AUGCUGGUGGAUCUGAACGCGUUCGCGGACGAGCACUUCGACCCCAAGGCGUGGGUCAACGAUGCGUGCGCCGCGCUCCCGCCGGAGGAACCUCCGGAGAAGUUUUUCGCGGACAUUGAAAUGAAGCUGCAGCUCUUAUCGGAGGACAUGAGCGGCGCGUUGGAGGAGCAGAGCGCGGGCGCGCUGCUGAGGGUGCCGCGCGCCGUGAGGGAGACGAAGCGCGUGCGCGACGACGCCGUGUCGCUCAAAGGCACCGUCGCCAGCAUCCUGCAGCGGCUGCAGCAGGUGGAGGCCACGUCAGCAGCGUCAGUUGCGGUGCUGGCGAAGGUUGAUGCAGUGAAGCAGCAGAUGGAAGCGGCGAGAGACACGCUCCAGUACGCGGCGGGGCUGGCGCAGCUGAGCGCGUCAGUGGAGCAGGUGUUCGCCAGUGGCGACCUGCCACGUGUCGCUGAGACAUUGGCCAACAUGCGGCGCUGCCUGGAGGUGGUGGGCGAUGCGCCGGAGUUCGCAGCGAACAAGAGGCAGCUGCAGUCGCUGGAGGACAGGUUGGAACAGAUGGUGCAGCCGCGGCUGUCAGACGCGCUCACUCACAGCAAGGUGGGGUGA